UCGACUACGGGGGAAAAGUGAUCGGUGAUCUGCGCCCCUAAUUUUGCAGAUCUUCUCGCCUUUUCCUCGUCCUCCUCCGUCGCAAGAAAAGUUUCAAGGGUUCAUCUUCUUCUCCUGUUCGUCUCGAAUCGAUCGAUUCGUUCUUCUUGGGCCUCGGCUACGGCCGGAGGGGGAUUCCGCGACCAUUCCCGCGAGAUCUGGUGCUCGUGAUCGUAUCUUGAGCUGGAAGAUUACGUGACAGCAAAUAAGGUUGUGGAGUGGCAUAGCAUGUUUAAGCAAGAACCUUGAUAUUGCCAUCACAUGUUGUUAUCUUUUCACAUUAUUUGUUCUUUCCAAUCAUUGGAUGUCUUUGUUAUUAUUCUCUGGCUAAUCUAAUAAUCUGAUGUUAUCCUUGACCCUUCUAGUGAUCAACUUAUACGCACUGCAUUCGUGGAUAACUUUGAUAUUUUCAGGAGUGCAGAACUUGAUUCAAUCAUUUCUACUGUAUAAAGAGUUUGCAUAUGCACUAUGGGCUUUGCCUACAGUUCGAGAAGACCUGAACGCCAAUGACUAAAACAAUGAUGUGCAAGAGUCGACCUUCAAAAAAGUCUUGAACUGAUUUAUCUCGCUAUAGAAGAGCUCCUCAUCAUCAUUGAUCCAUGGGGGAGUGGAUUAUUGGAGCAUUUAUUAAUAUAAUUGGGAGUAUUACUAUAAACUUUGGGACUAACCUUCUAAAAUUGGGUCAUGAUCAGCGAGAGAAGCAUUAUAUGCCUAGCUGUGAUGGAACCAAUAGCAAAGUUAAUGUGAAAUCAAUUAUACAUUUCCAGACCUGGAGAAUUGGCAUUCUUUUGUUUGUUUUCGGGAACUGCCUCAACUUUGUUUCCUUUGCAUAUGCUGCACAGUCACUUCUUGCAGCAUUGGGAUCAAUUCAGUUCAUAUCUAAUAUUGCAUUUGCUUACUUUGUGCUCAGUAAGACAGUGUCAGUCAAGGUCAUGGUAGCAACAACUUUUAUUGUUUUUGGCAACAUUUUCUUAGUGUCUUUUGGAAACCACCAGUCACCUGUAUAUACACCAGAGGAGUUGAUUGCAAAAUACAGCAGCAUGGUUUUUCUUCUCUAUUGCUUGACUUUGUUAUUGAUAGUUGGUGUUAACCAGUACUUUUACAGGACAGGAGAAGCAUAUCUUUCAGUUUCUGAUCCAGUGAGUUCCUAUUGGCGGACUUUGCUUCCAUUUUCUUAUGCCACUGUUUCUGGUGCUGUGGGUUCUUGCUCAGUGUUAUUUGCAAAAUCCUUGUCUAAUAUGCUAAGACUGACCAUGAGCAGCAACUAUCAGUUCCAUAGCUGGUUUACAUAUUGUAUGCUGUUGUUGUUCUUUAGCACGGCAGGAUUUUGGAUGGCAAGACUGAAUGAAGGGUUGUCUCUUUUCGAUGCAAUCCUCAUUGUUCCCAUGUUUCAGAUUGCAUGGACCUUCUUCUCUAUCUUUACAGGAUUUGUGUAUUUUCAAGAAUAUCAAGUAUUUAACACAUUAAGAAUAACUAUGUUUGUAGUGGGGAUGACAUUUGUAUUUAUUGGCAUUUCUUUAUUAGCACCUGAUGAUUCUAAAGGAAGUGAAACAAAGGAUUCUUCUUUGCCUUCUUCAGCUCAAGACCUUCCAACUGAUAUGAACAGGGGCGCCAUGCUACUACCAUUAGAAGAUCCUGAAAUAAGUGAUGUGAGGUCACUUGCACAAGCAGUGCUUACUAAAGUGAAGUUUAUUCUGUUGAAGGCAAAGGCAGCUGGUUCUCUCUCACUCGGUCUUGGUGAUGAGUCAAUUAGCGCUUCUUCGGUACUUGUAAUGCCUAUGGUGUCUUCAAGAACAACAGGUUUCAGAGGAACUAAUUAUGAUCGAGCAAAGUUCAUUCCUCUUAGAAACACAGAAUGGGGUAAACCUUCAAUAGAUGAUAACGAUCCAGAAACGAGGGACACGAGGACUUUGCUGCCUUAAUUUUGCCGGUGUGGGGGGACCGGUGGAAGCGAAUCUUGUUGUUCCUUCAAAUGUUUCUUUCAUUAUCUCCUUGUAACAUGAAUGUAUAGAUAUAUUAAUCUUCCCCCAUUUAACUGUCUAGUGUGUAACGAGAAUGAUCUGUGGUUGGAUACUGUUUCAAAAUGUGUUGUGCCCAAUUUGGCAUUCAGAUUCA